AUGCCUGUGAAGCGGGGGCUCGUCACCCCGCACGAGGUGCGCCCGCGCUUCGACGAGGAGCUGGUGGCGAAGAAGGUGCUGGAGCUGGUGUGCAAGUUUAUUCCCUUGAAGGCGGAUCGGGCGUUGCCGGGAGUGCUGGAGAAGACGAUGAGGAGCUGCUAUUGGAGCUGCGUACCCCAGGUUCCACAGGUCUUCCGGCCCGUGAUGAAGUUGUCUCAAGGCCCUCCGGUGAUGGUUCCCGUUCCGGUGGGGUCUCCCCAGCCUUCCCGCACCCCGUCGCCGCUGCCGAAGCAGCCCCCCCAGCCCUCGACUCCGCCAGUGAAGCCACAGCCGUCGAGCCCGCCCAAUGUGUCCCCGUGCUCCACGCCGCCGCUGCAGCCACAGCCCCAGCCCAACCAACAGCCGCAGCAGAGAGGCCAAUCGCCCACGCGUAUGCCGCACAGCGCCUCUUGCUCCGGGCCGAUGAUGCCAGUCUAUGCCGCAGGCCCCAUGACUGGGCCCUUGCCUAGCGGCCCGCUGCCCAGCGGCCCGCUGCCCAGCGGCCCCUUGCCCAGUGGUCUGCUUCCAAACGCCAAAGCUGGCAUGCCCGGAGUUCCCCAGAUGUUGACGGCAUCACCCAGCGCCCAGCAGCUGCCUGUCUAUGCCCUGCCCAAACAGCCACCGGUACAGGCGCAGGCACAACCGGCGCCGCAACCGCAGGCAGGGCCAGCGACUCAGGGAAGGACAGAGGACGAUGUGGUGCACCUGACAUCACGGUCAUCGUCCAUUAGUAUGGAGGAGGCACAGCAACUGGGGUACAAUGCCCGAAUAGAAAUCGCUGCAAUGGACAACAAGGAGCUCGAGAAAGAAUGGGAGAAGCGGAGGGUGGACAAGAGCCUCCAGGAGAUGAGGUCCUUUGACGACUCCUUCGAUUUUGCGGAUUUUGCGGACAUCCGCAACGCCGACGGCUCAAUUGGCGUCCAAAUGGGACCCGGAGAGCGGCGUGUGAUGUUGUAA